CCUCUUCACCCUCACGCUUCAUUGUCAUGUCCGCACUCCGAUCAUUGGUCAGGGGGGCUCCUCUGGCUCAGUCCUCCCUCGCUACUAGGGCUGCUUCGACGCUCAGCGUUGGGUCGCAGAGGAUCCCGUCGGCCAGGACACCCACCAAGUACGGUGGCGUCUACACGGUCACUCUGAUCCCCGGUGAUGGUAUCGGCAAGGAGAUCACGGGCUCGGUCAAGGAGGUCUUCUCCAGCUUGAACGUCCCCAUUGAGUGGGAGGAGUACAACGUUUCGGGCGAGACGCACGGCUCAGAGAAGCUUUUCAAGGAGGCAAUGGAGAGCUUGCGCCGCAACAAGGUCGGGCUCAAGGGCUCCAUGUACACUCCUAUUGACGCUUCUGCCCACAACAGCUGGAACGUCGCCCUCCGCCAACGCCUCGACAUCUACGCCUCGCUGACCCUCUGCAAGUCUCUGCCCGGCUUCCCGACCCGCCACAAGGACGUCGACAUCGUCAUCGUCCGUGAGAACACCGAGGGCGAGUACUCUGGUCUCGAGCACUCGUCUGUCCCCGGCGUAGUCGAAUCCCUCAAGGUCUCGACCCGAGCAGGCGCAGAGCGAAUUGCUCGCUUUGCCUUUGACUUUGCGCUCAAGAACGGCCGCAAGCGCGUCGUCUGCGUGCACAAGGCUAACAUCAUGAAGCUGGGCGACGGCUUGUUCCUCAACACUUUCAGGGAUGUGGCGAAGCAGUACGAGAACUCCGGCAUCACUACGGGCGACAUGAUUGUGGACAACACUUCUAUGCAGCUCGUCGGCAAGCCCGGCCAGUUCGACGUCAUGGUCAUGCCUAACCUGUACGGCAACAUCGUCACCAACAUCGGAGCCGCCCUCGUCGGUGGACCCGGCGUGGUGCCCGGCGCCAACAUCGGCCGCGACUUUGCGCUGUACGAGCCUGGAUGCCGACACGUUGCCAAGGACAUCGCGACGCAGAACAAGGCCAACCCCACGGCUAUGUUGUUGAGCGCGACGAUGAUGCUCAGGCAUCUGGGCUUGGACACCCAGGCUGACGCGAUUGCUGGGGCGGUGUACAAGGUCAUCGAGGAGGGCAAGGUCAGGACGGCCGAUGUAGGCGGUAGCAGCACGACCAGUGACUUCACCAAGGCGGUGCUUGACCAGCUUUGAGCCGGGCGUGGCGUGCAGCGAUGGGGUCUGUUUGAUGUGUAGAAGUAGUGACGGCGUGCGCAUAGGGCCGUAAAUGCUAUCACUCGUUGAUAAUGACGUCGA